CUGUGCUCAGAAUAAGAAUAACCGCGCAAACACGUAUGGCAAAUAAAGGGCAAGUGCGAGGUGCGGAAAAUAUUUAGGGGGAUCCCCAUCAAAGCAGAAAAUACUAAAACGGCGAACCAGCCUCCUUCGCACUGUUAAACCUUUAGGGUUGGUUUCAGGUCUCGUUGCGCUUUUUUUGUGGAGGAUUUGACUUGGAAAAUUGGCCAAGACCUGGCAACCCCGUUGGAGCAGUAAACCCGGAAGGACAAGGAAACAACUGGGAACAAACAGAAAAAGAGCGAAAAAAAUGGCGAAGGCUGCUCCGAAAAGGGAAGCUCAACUUAACUUUUAAAGAUACGCAGAGAGGGAAUAAAGCGAUGAAAUCCGAACACGGUUUAAAAUAAACCAACAAGCGAGAGAAAGACGAUGGUUAACGGCGACACGGGAAAGCGUGAGGUGUGAACAGCGACAUUUAUUAAUAAUCUGAAGUAAAUGAGUAUUCGGGAAUAGAGGCGAUGUAAAGCGUUUUGUCCGGUAACUUCCCGCCCGUCCCUCAGGCUGGUUACACGUCUCCUGUCACCAUCUGUACCCGUGUAAGGUAACUGCUACUCGGCAGCUGUUGGUAUCGUUUGAAACGGGCUUCAUCUGCGCGCGGUCGGGCUCCCUUUCCCCGCUAUUUGUCCUCGGAUUCCCGGUCCUGGGUCGAUGAUCCGUAGAUAAUAAUGACCGUGGCCGUGUUUUUCGGGUGCGCCUUCAUCGCCUUCGGGCCGGCAUUAGCCCUCUUCAUCUUCACCAUCGCCAGGGACCCCCUGCGAGUCAUCAUCCUCAUCGCCGGGGCCUUCUUCUGGCUGCUGUCACUGCUGCUCUCCUCGCUGGUGUGGUUCAUAGCCGUAAAGGCCAGCCGUCAGGAGGAGGCCACCGCGCAGAAGGGCCUGCUCAUUUUCGGGGUCAUGUUCUCCGUGGUGCUACAGGAGGUUUUCCGCUUUGCCUACUACAGGCUCCUCAGGAAGGCAAACGAAGGCUUGGCUGCGAUCAGCGAGGAAAACCUAUCGCCCAUUUCAAUCCGCCAGAUGGCUUACGUUGCUGGCCUUGGCUUUGGCAUCAUGAGUGGAGCCUUCUCUAUGAUCAACAUCCUUUCGGACUCCCUGGGUCCUGGAACCGUAGGCAUCUUCGGUGAUUCACAGUAUUACUUCAUCACUUCAGCUUUUAUGACCCUGGCCAUGACUCUCCUCCACACCUUCUGGGGCGUCGUGUUCUUCGACAGCUGCGAGAGGAACCGGUGGUGGGCCGUCGCCGUGGUGCUGUCGCUGCACCUGCUGGUAUCUGGCCUGGUAAGCCCCUCCCCCUCCCACCGGUCACGUGCCGUCCGCACCCACAACACGUGUGCUGAUAAGCGGCCGUGAGCUUGAGAUUGUUGCGUGGUACAGUUGUACUCACGUGGGCCCUACAGAGGAGAAAAUUUCCUUUAGCAGUUCCUAUCUGAUGUAUUUCUCCAUAUUGUUGCAUAAUAAAAGCAGUUAAACUAAAUAAUCUGCUUGGCAUGUGAAGCCUGCACUAUUACGAUAGUAAACCCAGCCUUGAUAACCCUGAGGUCCAGGCCUUGGCUUUGUAGCAUCUCUUUAAAUGAAUGAAAUAAGACCUCCAUCCAUAUUACACUGAUUAUCUGUUCGCUGUAAAGACAGCAGGGAAGUUGUCUAUAAAAAUGCAGGUUUUUUAGCUCGCAUAGUAUCCAAUGGUUGUCAUCAGCCUCUCCUGGUUCCAUUUUAUUCAGUGGACUUUCUGGCCUUGAGAAAAUAUUUGCAGUACUGUGCGCUGUAGAGCGUUUGUGACAGGGAAUGCAAGGACUCCCAUGUCUGUGAUGGUACUGCUGACACGACGCUGUCCUGCUGGGUCAUUAUUUGGCUUUUUUCUUAGAACAUAAGAACUAUACAAACGAGAGGAGGCCAUUCGGCCCAUCGAGCUCACUUGGGGA